GCACGCACACAGCUUGCUGCGAUUCUCUCUCUCUCUCUCUCACUGCCGACUGUACAGACUUGUGUGUAUUGUCAUUCUCCACGCGCAGAACCAGCGCAGAGCUACAGCGGAGCAGCUUAGGCACUACAGUAUCGCACUCCCGCAGCAGCUCGCUCGCUCUCUCGUAUAGCUCGUGCUGCCUUCUCGGGCUCUUUCGCGCGCGCGGGUAUAUAUUUUUGCCGUCUGUUCCCACCUUCUGUUUCUGUAAUUCUGCAGCAGCAGCAGCAGCAGCGGUGGCAGUGGCAACAGCGGCAACACCUAAAGGGCUGUCAGGGGGAGCUGCUCCGACUGCCUUUGCCUGCUCGUGUGUUUAUACCAGAGCGAGUGCGCCAGUUGCCUUGCAUGCAGCAGCAUAGUAAAUGCUCUCAUCGUGCGAGCGAGUGCGUUUCUCUUUCUCUCUUUCUCUCUCUUGUUGCUGCGCUGUCGACUGCAGUUUUUAUACACACGAACUCUCCCGUAGUGCAAUGCAAGUGCAUCGUCGAGGCGAUGGGACAGAUUGCUAAUAUUUCAGUUCAGUUUCGCGAGUGUUAAUCGAAAAUAGUGUUGAAGGAAUUGUUAACAAAUUGUGAAUCAUCGAUCGAGUUGAAUGGCUACGCAGACGAUGACUUAGACUUAACCUUCUGGUAGCUUAGUAGCGAAUAUUAUUGCAUCAGUGCUUAUUUUGUUCGACGAGUUCGAUAGUUCGACAGUGCGAUUGUGACGUUUCGUCUCGAGCCGAGGUUGCAUUACAUAUGUUUUCGUAACGCAAGACGAAUGGCGAAUCGUGUAAACGCGUAAAAUAAAAUGCCGUUUCGUUGAAACUGGUGCAGUUUUGUGUGCAUGAACUCUUCUAGAAUUCGUACAUUAAAUAAAAAAAAAAAAACAGUGAUACCAGGAGAAGUGAAAGAUUGGUGAAUUAUCAGUUCAGGUGUGAAUUAUUAUUAUAUAUAUAAAAAAGUGUCGUCGCCAACACGCGUUUGUUAGAUAGAUCGCGGGCCCACGAGCGCCGCGAUUAAAGCCCGCCGCAAGAUUCAUCCUCUAGCGAAGAUCUACCCGUGGUUCAGGGCCCAGCAUUCCGAGCGACAGCUUUGGGGCAGCCCCGUAGCCGAUCAUCACUACAAUAAUCCGGCUGUCGCGAGCCUGUCGGAGGCCGCCAACGCCAACCUAGCGGCAGCGAUCAUGGAUCACGGCGACAGAAUGCACGACAGCUCGUCGGACCACAGCAGCCGAGCCAGUCCCGUCUGCGCGACCAGUCCCAAGCACCCGAGCAGUCCUGGCUCUCAAGGGCAGCAACAGCAACAGCAGCAUCAAUCGCAGCAUCAGCAGUCUCAGCGCGAUCAGAUGAUGCAGCCGAGCAUGGCGCACCAGCAGCCCCAUCCGCGGGACCAGCUGCCGCCGAGCAGACCGACGCCGGGGUCACCGACGCGGGGCUCGCCGCCCCAGGGUCUGCCGCUGUCGCCGCCGCCACUCUCGGGCUCCGCCGCGGCGCCCACCGGCAUGGUACCGAGGAUGCCGGGCCUGCCACCACCGGGUCUCGGCCUCCUCGGCCAGCUCGGCGGCAUGCUCGGCGCCCAUCACGGCUCGCCGCUCGAGCUCAUGGCCGCUCACCACGCCGUGAUGCCGCCGCGCAACUACAGCAGUCCGCCGCCCAUCAGCACGUCCGAUCCCACGGCCAACGAGUGCAAGCUCGUGGACUAUCGUGGCCAGAAGGUGGCGGCCUUCAUCAUCGCGGGCGACACGAUGCUCUGCCUGCCCCAGGCGUUCGAGCUGUUUCUCAAGCACCUCGUGGGCGGCCUGCACACGGUCUACACCAAGCUUAAGAGGCUCGACAUCGUGCCGCUCGUCUGCAACGUCGAGCAGGUGCGCAUCUUGCGCGGCCUCGGUGCCAUACAGCCGGGCGUCAACAGAUGCAAGCUACUCAGCUGCAAGGACUUCGACGUGCUCUACAGGGAUUGCACGACCGCCAGCUCCAGACCGGGUCGGCCGCCGAAGCGCGCCUCGGUGAGUCUCAGUCUAGCGGCCAGUCACAUGGCGGCCAGCGCCGGGGCCCACGCGCACCAGCUCAAGAAGCACCGCCUCGACAACGGCGACUACUACGAGAACGGCCAUCUCGAAAGGGAUCUCAAUCAACUAGCUUAUCGAUUUGGUUUAGGUGAAGUACCGCGGAUGGAGAAAUCGCCGCUGCUGGCAAACGGCUACAAUCAUCCGCCGACGCAUCUGAGCCACAUACCGUUCAUGCAGCUGAGCGGCCACCCAGGCGCCGGUCACACGGCACUGCUGUCGCCGGCCAACCUGCCGCACCACCUACAGGUCCAGGCGCAGGCGCGCGCCACCGAGCAGGGCCUCAAGGUCAACCAAAAUAUGCCCAAUAUGGAAGCACUCGCAAGAUCCGGUGCCGUUUGGGACAACUGUCGAGCGGCUUACGAAGACAUCGUGAAACAACUGGAAAGAUUACGAGACGAGCGCGGCGAAUCAGAGAGAGCAUUGGCACUCGAUCACAAGCAGCGGGACCACAGUUCGCAUAAUGGUUCCUCAAAUGGUCACAGUCCGGUUUUGAAUCUGUCGAAGACGGCUGGCAGCGGCAGCGUCGGCGAGCACUCCGGAAGCGAGGACGGCGCGUCGCAUCGCUCGCACGUCGAGGAGGAGGAGGAGGACAACCUAUCGGAAGAUCUCGAGGAUGAGAUUGAGAAAGACGAAGAUUUGUCGGACGUGCCGGAGAACCUGCCUCUGGCGGCGCCCGGCUCAGAGAGUCCGCAGGCGCUGAACUACUCGCAGAUCGCCUCUGCGGCGGCGGCCGUGUCGGCGCAGGGCAACGCCAGCCAGGACCCCACGGCCGCGGCGUCGAGCACCGAGACGCUGCUGCGCAACAUACAGGGCCUGCUGAAGGUCGCUGCGGACAACGCCCGCCAGCAGGAGAAGCAAAUCAACUACGAGAAAGCUGAACUACAAAUGGACGUUUUGAGGGAAAGACAAGUGAAGGACAAUCUGGAACGUCAAUUGUUAGAUGAACAGAAAAUCCGAGUUAUCUAUCAGAAGCGCUUCAAGAGGGAGCGACGGUCCAGGAAGCAGACGCAGGACCAGCUCGAGCUCGAGACGAAGCGUCGCUUGCAGCUGGAGGAGGCGCUGAAAGCCACCGGCGCUACGCCGGAACAGAUCAGGGCAAUCACAGAAAGCGUCAGUCUGGAGACGCUGCAGCGCCGCAGAUCCCGCAGCGUGGAUCCAGCGGACGCCUCGCCGGCGCACUCGUCGCACUCGGGUCCGCAUCCGGGCCCGGCCUCGGGACGCUCGUCGAACGCCUCGUCGUCGACGCAGCAGCAACAACAACAGCAGCAACAGCAACGCGAUCAGCAACGCGAACAGCGCGAUCAGCGCGAGCAGCAGCGGGAACAGAACAAACGCGACAAGGAGCGAGGCGACCGGAGCGAGCAGCAGUACCGAGACUCGUCGCAAUCGAGUCGAUCCUCGACGCAGCAGCAGCAGCAGGGACAGGGACAGCAGCAGAGUCAGUCGUCGACGACGCAUUCGACGCAGCAGCAGAGUCAAUCGCAAACGCAGCAGCAGCAGCAACAGCAACAGCAGCAGCAACCGGUGACCCCGGAGAAGCCCGGAUGGGGAUACAGUGGCCUCGACCUCAUCGGUAGUCAAGCCUCGGCUUUCUGGCAAAACUAUCAGGAAUCGCUAGCUGAGUUCGAGAUCGAGAGGAAGCAGCGGCAGCAUUCCUCCUCCGACAGAGAUCAAGUCAAAUCUCCUCUUCAAGAGUCACGCGCAGGCUACUAUAAGAACUCGGUCCUCUUCACCAGUGCAACCUAGAAAAUAGCGUAGUCCGAGGCUGCAGGCAGAUUGUCGUCGCCGCCGCCGCAACAUUGAAACCAGUGAUCCAACUGCCAUUUUCCGAAGGGGAGAUCGACGCUCUUCCGCCAAGUACACGUGAAUGUGAAUCACGAUGAAAAAAAAAUAACAUCUCCGUUUCGAUCUUACAUUCUGAUGCGACAUGGCACACUCACACAUCGAGAAACGCUGGGAAAGAAUUUUGGGCGUUUAUUAUAAAACACAAUCAUCGUUUCUAUCGUAAUUACGUAGGGAAGUAACAAUUAUAAAUAUAUAUAUAUAUAUAUAUAUAUACUUACUGAGAAUUAAGUAAGAAAUUUUAAACAUUUUAUUGUAGUUAAAGUUGCGUAUGUAAGACUCAUGAAAGACGACGAAUGGCAUUCAUUAAAAACGCGGUAAAAACGAAAAGAGUAUAUUUCAAAUAUCGUACUCAUUUAUCGACUAUAAAAUAAUUUUUAAUAGAACAUAAUAUAAAUAAGAGAAUAAACGUGAUCCGCGCGCAAUCGUAUCGACGAUACGAGCGCGGGAUGUUGUACAUAUUAGCGAUACAGGAUGCGAACUACGCGAAGAACGUGAAAAUGAGAAUUGAGUAUAACGAUGUCGUACAUAUAUUAUAUUAUACAUAUAAAAAAUAUAAAUGAAAAAUUGUGAGAGAUAAUUCUAAAGACUGCUUCAUCGAGGGACGCUCGCCCGAGUCCUUGUACGCAUGAGCGUGAAAAUCGUUUUUAAAACGAGGAGAAAAUAAAAAUUUGACUUUAGUCUAUACAUUAUAUAAAUAUUAUUAUAAACGUAACAUGGUUAAACGUAUGGAUGCAAAUAUAGUUAUAUACGAGAGCGAAUCGAAGAUCGAACUAUUAUAUACCGUUCGCACUGAUAAACCAACCGAUUGAAAAAUAAAAAAAAUAGUUAGUCCAUCGUAUUCGUAAGAUUCUUUAUUAUAUUUAUAAAUAAAGUUAAGAGAAUAAAAAAAAAAUAAAAUAAAAACGUGGCUCGUUCGU